CGAUUCAUCUACCCAAUUUGGCGGUCGUGGUCGCGUGGCAAAGCAAGGAGAAGAGAGAGAGGGAGAGAGAGGGACGGGGUGAAGGGGAUCCGGAUAAGUGCGGGGCUUCAAGAUAAUAAUCAUCAUCGUCAGAUUGCGACUAAAAGGCACAACCCCCGCGGCGAUCGAGCUGCACAGACGAUCGGAAUUUUCCUCCUCACUCUUCAAGAAAUUUUACAUUUUGGGGCUGUGAUACAUCGGACUCAUCCGUGGAUGAGCGAAAAAACAUCUUUUUUUUUUCUUUACGGAAAAAAUCGGUUUUUCUUCUUGCUAUAGAGACAAAAAUUUAAGCCGCCGUUGAUCGGCGAAAAAAUUUGUGGCAUUCGAGCGAUUCCGGUCACCGGACGCGGGAUCGGCGUCCAAGAUUCGAUUUUUUUGUUUUAGGUUUUUUUGUGACGGAUUUGGCGACCUUGAAUUCCUCCACUGACGCCGCCGCCGCCAUGGCGAGCUCCUCUGGGUCAGUUGACUACUGGCGGAAGUUUUUCCGCAGCGCCGACUCCGACAUCUUCGACGUGAUUGAGCACGCGAUCCUCGUCGCCGCCUCCGACUACCCCGAGGAGCUGCGGAGCAGGCGCGACCGGAUCGUGGAGAAGUUCUUCGCCGCGCUGCUCCCGCGGUGCUUCGCCUGCGGUCGCGUCGAGCCGCACGGGGCCGAGGCGGAGGAAGGGCGCGGCAGCGUGAAGAGGGCUGCGAGCGCAGAAAAGGAUAGCAAGUUCGAUAGCUGCAACGACGGCCCCGAGUUCUCCCACCGCGUCGUAAGCAACUACACCUUCGACGAGGCGGAGGCGCUCACCGAAGAGAUCGAGGAGGAGGGUCAAACCCUCGAAGAGGUCCUGCGCAUAAAGGAGGUCCUCUCCAAUCACCAUGAUCAGUCUGACAACGUCUUAUUCGAGUCGUUGAGGCGGCUGCAACUCAUGGAGCUCACCGUCGAUGUCCUCAAGGCCACCGAGAUCGGAAAGGCUGUUAACGUUUUGCGAAAACAUGUUUCGAAGCAAAUUCGACACCUUGUGCGAACUCUCAUCGAUGGUUGGAAGGUUUUAGUUGACGAAUGGGUCAGUGCUACUGCUGCCAUUGCCGAGAACUCUGUGCAUUCUCUUGGUUCUGGUGAGUUUGAAGAAGAAGGGCUUCCUUUUCCUCCAUUAGAUGAGGGAGCUCUAUUUGCUGCUCAGACUACUUCCAUCAAGCUUUCUGGGUUCUUCGAUGGAAUGGACGAUGAUGGAAAUCUUAGAAACACUAGGGACUUGGACAAGCAAUGGGAAACUCAAAGGAACCAAAAAGAAGAUCAUGAAAAGUGGAUGCAGAAACAAUCUGUUCGAGAUGAAAGAGUAGAGUCGAUGAAACAGGAAGCACGAAAGUCAGCACUUCCAGAAGAAAAGCUUCAUGCGAGAAGACAUGAUAAUGAGAUGAAGCAAUCAAGGCCACAAAGAUUCUCUAUCGGGCAAUCGAAUUCGCAAAACAUUCUAAGCAAGGAGACCAAGCCUUUGAGUGCUGAAUCUGGGACUGGCAGACCGAUGAGGUUUACCUCCGAGCAACAAAUAUGCGCUGAGACGAAAACUAAACUGCCACCGGAUACUGCUAAACUUCAAAGAAAGCUGCCAAUGAUUCCACAAGAUAAAUCAAAAUGCUCUGAGGAAGCAUCCGUGCGGGCUAAGCUCGAAGCUGCAAAGCGCAAGCUUCAUGAAGGCUAUCAGCAAGCAGAAAAUGUAAAAAAGCAAAGAACAAUACAAGUGAUGGAGUUGCAAGAUUUACCAAAGCAAGUUCACAUCAACAGGCAACCUAUUCAGAAAUUCAGAAACCAAUCUAGGAAUUGGGCAAAUAGGCGAAACUAGUUCCGCUCGGAAGAUCUGCGGCUUGCUGUUGAGAAAAUGCAUGUACAUGCUUUAACACAUUCGACUAAUUCAACCCCAAAAUUUUCCUUGUAGACAUUACAAGAUUCUGAUAUCACACCAUCAUUAGCUGAAGUUUAAUGAGUUCAUUUUGUCUAGUGUUUCUGAAUUACUGAGGAGUUAUUUUAUGAUAUUCCUUUGCACCUUCAUUA